CGUCACAACUCCUUUUUUUUAGUUUGGAAAUCUGAGUACAACUUUUCUCCACUAAAACUAUUUCUUAAUUUUUUUUUUUUUUCUUCAAGCACAAUAUCUUUCACCUUCUUUCCCACUAUUCCGUAAAUCAAGCCAUCAACUUCACGAUCUGAUACUCUAUCAUCAACUACCUCUCUUAUAUAUACAAAUAUGAAAACCUAUAGCUGGAAAAAAAACCCACUAUCCUUUUAGCAAAAGGUAUAAUGACUUUUGGAUUUUUCUGAUUUUAUAAUCUGCAAUCUUGAAUUUCUUUCCCCAUUUUUUCCUAUAUCAAAUUGCCGACUCUAAUCUUAAUUGUUUCCAGGUAUUGUUCUAGCUAUGAGCAAGAUGAAGCUUGCCUUCACUCCUGUUGCUCAGUUAAAGCCAUAUUUUGAAAACGAAAUCUGGAAAAUUAAGGUUCGAGUAGUCCGUAUGUUGCGAUUUUAGAAUGGCGUUAAGCCUGGAGAUGUUGGUGGAAUCGAUUUAAUACUUUUGGAUGAUAAGGGAGAUCGUAUACAAGCUUGCAUUAGAAGAAAACUGAUAUCUAAGUUCAAGGACGAUUUGGGAGAAGGAAAAUGUUGUAUUCUGAUGAACUUUAAGUUGUCUCCUAAUCUCGGGAAUUACAGAGGAACACCACAUCCUUUCAAGAUAUUUUUCACUUGGUCAACACACGUUAAGAAGAAUUGCGAGGAGAUUCCAAACGAUUCACUUCGUUUUAAUUGCAUAUCUUUUGAUGACCUUCUUUCACAAAAGCAUGAUGAGAAAGUUUUUGUAGAUGUAAUUGGAGAAAUUGUUGGACCUUGCGAUCUGAAAGAAAUUACAGUUCGUAAUGCUCCAUGUAAAAUUUUAAAUCUUCAACUCAAGGAUUGUGGUGAUUCAAUCAUUAAUUGUGUAUUUUGGGAAAAAUAUGCUGAAGACAUACAUUCCUAUGUUCAAUCCUUUUUUGGUGGAGCUAUAGUUCUGCUUUGCAGUCUUAUGAGAAUUAAUAUUUAUAAUGGAAAACUCACGAUCCAAAGUGGGAAAGCUUCAACAAAGUUGUUCAUUAAUUCUGACAUUGCUGAGAUAAAUAAAUUCAAAGAAAAAAUGUCAAAAGAUGUUAUGUCGACAACAUCAUCUGGCUCCCUUUUGACUUUGUCAAAUUGUACCCAAGUUUCUUCGGAUCAUAUUCCAUUUGACAAUCGCAAAACAAUUUCUCAGCUGUUAACAUCAUAUGAGGAAACAAGGUGUUGUAUAUAUGCAACAAUAUGUGCACUUAAAAUUGAGGCUCCUUGGUGGUAUCUUGGCUGUCCAGGAUGUGCCAAGAAAGUAAACCCCUACUUAAACCCUGAAACUGAAGAAAUAGAAAUGGAUAAGUUCUCAUGUGACGGAUGCGAGACAAUUGUUUGUUCUACAAAAAUAAGAUAUCAGGUUCAUUGUAAAGUCUUGGAUCAUACAGGAACCACUUCUUUUGUAAUGUUUGACAGGGAAGUCAUUCAACUAAUUCACAAAUCGGCAUAUGAGUUGUUGGAGCAACAAGUUCAGUUCAACAGUGGGAAUGAAUUCCCUAGAGAACUUCUAGCUUUAGAGGGUCGGAAGUUCGUCUUCACAGUUAACAAACCUGAAACAUCCAAGAAUUACACACCAUCUACUUUUAAAGUAGUUAACGUGACGGAUGACCAUGUUAAAAUUUUACGAUUUCAUAGUGAUGAUGCCAAUGAGGUAAAAAUGAGAAAAACUCUAAAGUAUCAUGUUUUGAAAUAAUUCUCAGAAUUUUUUGUUGUUGUUAUUCUUAGUAGUUUUACAAAUUUUCUAUGUAGACUGACAUUCCUGCGAUUGGUCCUCAUUUCUCAAACUCCACCAAAACCACUCUGAGCUUGGUAUUCUUAUUCCACUUGAACUUAUAUUUAUGCUUUUUACCUUUUUUAAAAACCAAUUUUUUAACAGUUAACAAUGAGUUUUGAAAAAAAACUCUAUCUCUGGAUACGUAAAUAGGGAACACUUACAAUAAAAUUUGUCCUUUUUUGUUGUGUAGGAUUUUCAUAGUAUACUCUCAGCUGUGAAUAAAUGUUUUUUAUUGAUAUUUUUCCAGGUCAAUGAUGUUUUCGAAGAGUCUAACACUUCGAUAAGUGCUUCCACAGAAUCAACAUCAACUCCAACCAAAAAGCGAGCAAGUACGUUAGGAAUUGAGGAUUGUGUGCCACAACUUUCUUCAAAGAAACUUAAAGGAGAUGUUUCACUUUUAGCUGAAGAAGCUGGACAACUUUCAUCAACGAAAUCAAAACCAAAAGUUGGGCAUGUGACUAAAGAUGAUUUUGCAAAACCUUCAUCUACAAAGCAGAGAAAAGCAGCAAAUAUAAUUCCAAAAAAGGAGAAAAACUGAUGAUUUAUCUUCUCUGGUUUUUAGUUUCACAAAAUCUACGACCUCUUCUUUUUAUGUACAUGUUUCUUAGGUCUAAUGCUUUUGUCUACUUCAAGUUUGAAAACAUCUUAUAUUGUGUUUCUUUUCUAGGUUUAUGUAUGUAAUUAUUUAUUAUCAAUUGUUAUUUAUUCUUA